CUAGGUAACCUAAGAUCCUCAGUUAGCCUAAUAACAGAAUAUCUAGGUAACCUAGGAUCCUCAGUUAGCCUAAUAACAGAAUAUCUAGGUAACCUAAGAUCCUCAGUUAGCCUAAUAACAGAAUAUCUCGGUAACCUAGGAUCCUCUGUUAGCCUAAUAACAGAAUAUCUCGGUAACCUAGGAUCCUCUGUUAGUCUAAUAACAGAAUAUCUCGGUAACCUAGGAUCCUCUGUUAGCCUAAUAACAGAAUAUCUAGGUAACCUAAGAUCCUCAGUUAGCCUAAUAACAGAAUAUCUAGGUAACCUAAGAUCCUCAGUUAGCCUAAUAACAGAAUAUCUAGGUAACCUAAGAUCCUCAAUUAGCCUAAUAACAGAAUAUCUCGGUAACCUAGGAUCCUCUGUUAGCCUAUUAACAGAAUAUCUCGGUAACCUAGGAUCCUCUGUUAGUCUAAUAACAGAAUAUCUAGGUAACCGAAGAUCCUCAGUUAGCCUAAUAACAGAAUAUCUAGGUAACCUAGGAUCCUCUGUUAGCCUAUUAACAGAAUAUCUCGGUAACCUAGGAUCCUCUGUUAGCCUUAUAACAGAAUAUCUAGGUAACCUAAGAUCCUCUGUUAGCCUUAUAACAGAAUAUCUAGGUAGCCUAAAUGUUACGUAA